AUGGAAGAUGAUGAAGAGGACGGGGAAGAUGACUAUCUUCAUAGAAGAGGUGUUGCAAAUCUAAAAGACUCUUUAACACACCAAGAUGAAAGCCUUAUAGGGAUGGAUGUGCUUCUAUACUCUUGGACUGGUCCUGAAUCUCCUGUUGCUAAGGCAACAGUUCUCUCAGUUGAUCCAGACACACUUGUGGGUGGGGAGCCCCUUGGGCCUGCGACUUAUGAGGUAAUUGUGAAUGUGGCGAUUAAAAGGGGUGCUACGCUGCCAUAUCAGUAUGAUGAUUUAAGAUACAUCGGUGAUGCUGUCACAAGGUCCAUUGCAUGGCCAUCUAGCAAGAUGAAGCCCUACAAACCAGCAGCGUCUGGCUCAUCUCGUCGCUGAGGUAUUUUGGUUGAAAAUCAGUUUCGAGGAGAGAAACUGAAGAUGAU